UUUGCGAAUUGCGGCAGCCUGGUUCUCAACUUCAACCUUGACCAGAUCAUCAUCGCAACACCUUGCCUUCGCUCAGCGCCCAGGCAGACUUUGGUCAGUGACCCGAUCCUGCCCGCCUCCGUUACGAUCUGUCCUUUCGGGGUCUUCUCUACUUUGCUUUAUAUCCCGCCCGCAUCUCCUCUCGACGUCACUACCAUUUAAUUUAAUUUCAUCAAUUGCGCGCUUGCUUACACUGUCGCUCCUCAACAGAUUACUUCUUCCUACCCAACGCAACCGACACUUAGACGUUCAUCACAGCCCGAACCGCAACCAUGGGUCUCGCAUUUUCCAAGAUCUUCGACAAGCUUUGGGGAAAGAAGGAGAUGAGAAUUCUGAUGGUCGGUCUUGACGCCGCCGGAAAGACUACCAUUCUCUACAAGCUCAAGCUCGGUGAAAUCGUCACGACCAUUCCCACCAUUGGUUUCAACGUCGAGACUGUCGAGUACAAGAACAUUCAGUUCACCGUGUGGGAUGUCGGUGGUCAGGACAAGAUUCGUCCUCUGUGGAGACAUUACUUCCAGAACACCCAGGGUAUCAUCUUCGUCGUCGACAGCAACGAUCGCGACCGUAUCGUCGAGGCCCGUGAGGAGCUCCAGCGCAUGCUCAACGAGGAUGAGCUGCGCGAUGCCAUUCUCCUGGUCUUCGCCAACAAGCAGGAUUUGCCUAACGCCAUGAACGCCGCCGAGAUCACAGACAAGCUUGGCCUCCACUCCCUGAGACAACGCGCCUGGUACAUCCAGUCCACCUGCGCCACCUCCGGUGAUGGUCUCUACGAGGGUCUCGAGUGGCUUGCCACCACCCUGCGCAAGGCGGGUCACCAGUAAAUGCCGCGAAGAGAAGCCGAACGG